CUCUCUCACAUCGUUCGAGCAGGGGAAGUGUGCUCACAUGCGUCGCUUGUGAUAUCUGGCAAGCAUCUGGUGGUGAAAGGGGCCGAAUCUGUCUGCCUCGAGCUGAUCGAUCUAGCGCCGCCGAUACCCACAGCUACUGGUAUCCUGUUGACCCAGUCAGAUCGCCCCGACUUGCAAGUUGUACGAAUUGCACCAUGUCCUCACAUGCAUUUAGAGGCCCCAGCUGGAGGAGACGUUGGACCGUCUCUCGAAUCCGCUCCCCGCCAACUGUUGGUUCCGUGGUGCCAGGUACGUCUUGAUGAUCAUUUUCGAGCCUGCCCCAUUGCGGUAAAAUACGGUCCGACUCUGGUUUGAUGGAAAUCAAAGUGCUAGAUAUGGGAAGGGGGUCUAAACGCCGUGUUUUGGUUGAGGAGCUUUUCCCGGCGUCAUCCACGGCUGCAAGUGAGAACGUGGCCGGUCUAGUCACCAUAUCGCUAAGUUUAAGAGACGCUGGCGCUGAUUCUCACCGAGCUAGCAAACCCCACGCAGCAGCUGUUUCUCACUUACUAGUAGAGCAAGAUGCGAGUAGGCGCUUCUGAUCGCGGUUGGCAAGCGAUGGCAGGGUUCCCUCAACGUCGCAGAUAAAGAAGCAACGUCCCAGAGCUCCUCAAAAUCCAACAUUCCUUCUGCCCUGCACCGGACAGAGUGUCACCAGAUUUGCAUACCAUUAUGGCUUCUUCAGAAUUCCUCUCCCCCGAAGAGGUACAGAAGCAGAUCAAGGCUAUAUCAGAAGCCGCCGCAACCUAUGACCCAGGCAAAGCGGCCCAUGACUUUGUGGGCAGGACGAAGAUAAUCUCACAGGCUCGUGAACUCAUAGACAGCCUGACUGAUCCUGAUGACUUGCCGCUCGUUCAUAUCGGUCAGGCAAUGGAUCUGGUGGCGCUCCGGAGUCUGAUGCACAUAGGGGUGUUUGCACAGAUACCGUCUCAGGGCUCCAUCUCAUUGAGCUCCCUCUCUCAAGCCACCAAGGCGGAAGAGUCGUUGCUAGAACGACUCCUCCGGAUACUUGUUUGCGUCGGUUUUGUCCGACAGCUUGAGAACGGCGAGUACGCACAUACCAGAUUGUCACGCACAUAUGCCGUCAUGCCUGGUCCCGGAAUGUACUUCCAGUUCAUCUACGAUGAGGCUGGGUUCGUGUUAAGCAAUUUCCACCGGUACCUGCAAGAAAAGGGCUACAAGGAGCCCGACGACCAGCGCUACUCUCCAUAUACAUGGAGGGCUGGACAAGAAGGCAAGACGGUGUGGGAAGUCAUGGCUCAGCAACCUGAACGGCUGCAGGCGUUCCAAGCAGGCAUAGCGGCAAGCAGCACCGGUAUUCCACUGACCAGGUUUUACGACUUCAGCAAGCUCAAGACAGAAGACGACAGACCUGUCCUGGUCGACAUUGGGGGUGGCAACGGUCAAUCGAUCCUCCGCAUCAUGGAAGCGCAUCCCGAUAUCCCGGCAAACCGAUUCAUCCUGCAGGAACUCAAGGAGCCUGCCGAGGUUGCCAAAGGCGUCCUGCCUCAGGGUGUUGUUAUCAUGGAGCACGACUUUUUCGGACCCCAGCCGGUGAAAGGCGCAAAAGCAUACAUGCUCCGUCGCGUGCUCCAUGACUAUUCUGACGCCGUGUGCAUCGAUAUCCUGAAACAAAUUGUUCCAGCGAUGGCGUCCGACUCGGUCGUGUUGAUCGCUGAUUUCGUGUUUCCCGACGCCCCAAGCCCUGCCGACCUGCCAAUCGCCGCGAUAGACCUGGUGGUGAUGAAUAUGGGUGGCAAGGAGCGGUCGGAGCAGGGGUUCAAGAAAAUCCUGCAAGCUGCUGGUCUCGAGUUCAUCGCUACCUAUCGAUCGGAAGCAGGGUUCGGAGCCUUCAUCGAGGCAAGGAGGGCGAAUACAACUUAGUCACCUCGCUUAUACUCGGCUCUCGUGGACGUGGGGCGAAUUGGCGGCUGGGCGAUGCUAGCUAGAUUUACACGUGCCGAGUUGGUCGGGAGCUCCCUCGAACAGGGAGCAAUAUGGCGCUUACGAGAUAUCGAGGGACUCUAGCACAAGGGUGCUAGAGGAAAACAGACUGUCAGAAUGAAUCAAGGUCGAUCUAAGAGUCACCUUAACUUAUCUAGUGUGAUCAGUUCGGCUCAUUUUCGCCUGGCGAAGGAACGUUUGCGGGCAACGCAGGGUCACUUCGAUGGGCGGUCGCAGCCACCGAUCUCUCUGGAGGAGCUCUUGAGCAUGUGUUUGGAAGACAGAGCUGCGGCAUGCUGAGGAAACGGGAGGUCAAGGGCCUGUUGCGGUUGCGCUUUGUAGAGGGGCAUUAUAGUAGAGUAGACCGUAGCCUUGUUGGAAUGCCCCGACUGGCAGCCUUGUCGCAUCCAGUCGGUACCUAGGUAGUAGUACUUCGCAUUCGUUGCGAGUAGUACCUAAUAACAUGCUGUAGUAUUCUACGAGGUA